AUGGUCCGUCCAAAACCGAAUUCGAGUUUCGCGUCCAACCGCAUGACAAGAAGCAACUUCACCGGGGAAUCAUUACUAUCGACGUUCAGGCCUACCACAUCCAAGCUUCCUGCUAAACCAGAGCCCGCCACCGACGAUGAGCCUAUCAGCUCCGAAGAGGAUGUGGAAAGCAAUGCCUGUUCCAGCCAGGGAUCCGGAGCUCGUCGAAGCCCGAGUCUUCCUAAGAUAACAUUGGAGGAGAAGCUCGCGAAAAGCUCAGAGGGACAGGCGGAGGAUAAGGACGGCAAAAACAGCGCGAAAGGAGCCCUUCGGCGCAAGCGAGGACCAGAAGUACUGGGUACUGCAGGGGAGAGCGACGAUGACGAUAUGUUUCGGGGUAUGCGGUCCUCUCAGAGCGCGAAACGCACAUUUCAAUCCCGAACUCGAGUUUUCGGGAGGACUAGCUCCAGUGUCGUGCCAUCUCAGACGGAGUCGCCUUCUUCGGAUAGCCGGAAGAAGAAAAAGAAAUCCAGCCCAAACAAGACUAAAUCCAAGUCAGACAAGAAGGAGGCCGGGUCGCCGAAGGAAUUCAAGGUGCCAAUGAACAUUGAUAUUCCAAGUCCGGUCAAAUCUCGCCCAUCUCCUCAGUUCAAAAUGCCCGGCCUCCCCGAUGUCAUUUCUAGCUCUUUUGCUACGUCCUCUGCUCAAGUCUUCGACGAUGAUUCCGGCUCUACCACACCGCUCAGCUCCCUCUCCUCUAGCGUGGUAGAUGCCUUGGACACUAUGUCGGAAACUGCUGACGACCCGAUCGCUGCUGACCAGACAGUCUGCCCUUGGUGCAAAGAACCGGUCGAUCCGGAAUCGCUUAUGCGCUUCCAAGCACAGUCUAAACAACGGAUUCGAGAACAGCAGCGUUUCUGCGAAUCGCACAAGACAAGCUCGGCCGAGAAGGAGUGGCGCGAGAAAGGAUACCCGGAAAUUAACUGGGACAGGUUCGAUGAGCGUAUUAAGCGUCACUUCGACGACAUAGAAAGUCUCCUGGUGCCGGAAAGUACAUCAUACUACAGGAACAUCCUGGAUGCGUCAUUGAAAUCUGGUCAAGCAAAGAACUUCCGUUUGACGCUAGAUGGAGAUGGGUUGGAGACCAUAUCGUGCGGCUACUACGGCACACAGGGUGCUGCUAAGAUGUGA